UAUGUAUAAGUGCAUAAGAAUGCAGAUCCCUUCAAGUAAGUUGUUAAACAAUAGUUCAACAAAAGAAGAGACAUUCAAGGAAACAUGGGUUCAAACUACGAUGACACAACAGGGGACUAUGUACCUACUUAUGCACUAUCUAUUCCAGUACCAAAUGUUCAAGAACUCGCAAGGAAUGAUCCUCUGCAGGUUCCAGAUAGAUAUGUACAAAAGCAAGAAGAUAGGCCCCAGGAAAUUGAUUUUUGUUAUCUUUCUUCUGAUAUUCCUGUUAUUGAUUUGUCAUUGCUCUCAAAUGGCGAUGAGGAGCAGCUAAAGAAGCUGGAUAAGGCUUGUAAAGAGUGGGGCUUCUUUCAGGUAGUUAAUCAUGGAGUGGACAAAGAAGUGUUGUGUAGCAUGAAGGGUGCUGCAUCUGAGUUUUUUGAACUUCCAUUACAAGAGAAGAACAAAUAUUCCAUGCCCUCUGAUGAUAUACAAGGUUAUGGACAUGCUUAUGUUGUCUCCGAAGAGCAACUAUUGGACUGGUCAGAUGCACUGAUUCUUGCUGUUUACCCUUCCCAAUAUCGAAAGCUCAAGUUUUGGCCUAAAAGUCCAAAGGGAUUAAGUAAGGGGAUGAUUGAAGAAUAUUCAAAUGGGGUUAAGAAAGUAGCAGAAGAGCUGUUACGCUCACUGUCAUCAAUUAUGGGAAUGGAGAAGGAUAGGCUCCUUGAAAUGCACAAACAAUUAGUGCAGGCUAUGCGCAUCAACUACUAUCCAGCUUGUUGCAGGCCAGACCAAGUAUUGGGCAUAAGUGCACACUCAGACACAAGCACCUUAACCAUUCUUAUGCAAGAAAAUGAUAUAACUGGGCUUCAGAUUAAGCAUAAUGGAGAGUGGGUGGCGGUUAGGCCAAUUCCAGAUGCGCUAGUGGUCAAUGUCGGAGAUGUGAUUGAAUUUUGGAGCAAUGGGGAGUAUAAAAGCAUCGAGCAUAGGGCAGUGACAAACAAGAGCAAGGCAAGAAUUUCUUAUGCAACAUUUUUCUUCCCACAUGAUGAUGUGGAGAUUGAACCAUUAGAUCACAUGGAAAGUUCUACAAGCCCCCACAAGAUGUACAAAAGGGUCAAGUAUGGUGACCAUUUGAGAAGCUCCAUGAAAAGAAGAAUGGAAGGAAAAGCACAUACUGAGAUGGCAAAAACCGGAAAAACUUAAUGCAGGCUCUCCCAGAACUUAGCAUCUACCAGCAGAAAAGAGAGUGAAUUUUUUCUACAGAGCUGCAGCUCAAGGCUUCUUUGGGCUUAUCCUCUGUAUUAAAAUGUGUCUCUUUAUGAUAUAAACAUGUACUUCAUUUUCUCUUCUCUAGCAAAGGCUAUGCAUAUAAAGAAAGGAGGAAACCAAAACAAAAUUUACUUAAUCUAAAGCAAUCUAGUCUCCUCCAAAAAGACUGAGAAGCAGGCGGAAAACGUUAAAGAAGAAAAAAGACCAACUUCACAACACCUAAAAACCUUAAAGAAGAAAAAAGACAGAGAGUAAAGAAGCACACUACCAAGGCCUUUUCCAGGCUGCAACACUAGUAACCCAAAAGUAUUAGCUCACAACAAAAGUGCAUGCCAAUCUUAACUAAUCUGAGUUCUGUUAAGUCAAUGCCAUAGACGUAUAAGAUUCUGCCGGUAGUUACUCACCAUUAAGGCCGCUCCAACUAAAUGACCAAACUAUAAGCUUAUAAGCAAAAUACCCUUUCUUUUUUUUUGUUUCUUGUAAUCACAUGAUAAAUUAAGCAUCCUCAGUUAAUCGUUCAAGACUUCG